AUGGACAGCUUUAUGAAAUUGGGCCAACAAGCCUACAAGCAGUACUCCGAUAAACAAUCUCAUGGGGAUAAUACCACAGGUGGCGGUGGUGGCAAUGACUUCAACGUCAUGGGCGGUGCCCAUCUCAACCGACCAGCGGGUGGUCAAAUGAUCGAUACGGAUGGCGAUGGUAUUCCUGACUUGGAGCAGGCUGCUGCACAUGCCUCUGGAAACUCAGGCGACUCAGGAGACUCCUCUCUAUUCAAGAGCGCCGUAUCGUUCCUCAAAACCCAAGCGCAAAAGAAAGGGGACGAUGACGAUGAUGAUAUUGAUGAGGAGAAAGCGGUUGAGGCACACGAUCGAGCUUACAAUCAAAAGCAAGGUAGCUCGCUCGAUGCUAAAUCGAUGGGCACUGCUGCUGCCCUGCAAGCCUUUAAACAGUUUAGUCAAGGUGGUGGCUCAAACGAGCCGAAGCCUACCGAAGACAACAAAAGCAAAUUGAUCGGCAUGGCCAUGGCCCAGGCUGCCAAAUUAUUUGACUCUAGCGGUGGAGCAUCUGGUGGCCAAAAACAAGACGCUGUGAACUCUGCGGGCAGUAUGGUCAUGAAGUUAUUGAUGAAGCAAAAGCUACAGCAGAUGACAGGUGGUGGUGGUGGUGGCAGCAGCGGAGGCGGCUUAGGAGGCUUAGCCAGUAUGAUCGGAAAGUUUGCUUAAAAGGGGCGAAAAAUGAAUCCGAUUUCGAUGGACCUUGCUAAGGCAAAAAGAAAUUC